AUAAAAAACAACAAUAUUCUGAUUUCCCCAAGCACAGAUCCCAAAGCAUCGGGAAGGCUAUUAUUGAGCGAAUUUAUGAUUCAUACACCCCCCGCCUUCCUUCCCAGACUUUUUUUUUUUGCAAGGGACGCGAAGAAUGAAUAAAGGAAGUAUAUGCUGAACCUACGUCCGCUGGUUUAAGAUGGCAGAGAAGGUGCUCUCUGUGACAUGUGAUCAGGUCAUAAAGUCAGAGAAAAUAAAGACUGAAGUCAAAGAGGAAUUGGAGACCCAUGAUGAUGAUAUUGUUACAAAGGUGACACAGACUGUUUUUCCUCCAGCAGUAACAAUAGCAGAUGCUCAGGUUAAUGACAGAGCAUACAUUAAAAGUCUCAUUCCGUUUAUUAAGUCAGAGUACUUUAAGACUGAAACCAAAGCUGGGUGCAGACUCUACGGAAAUAUUAUAAGACAUGAGUUCUACGUCGAAUAUAUAGAGCCAAAUGAUUUAAAAGAGCAGACUGGAGUCGGAGACGGACCUAGUACGAAUGAGGAUAUUUCUUGUGACUCUAGAAUAUCCAACUUUUUGCAAGAGGAUUCUGUGAAAAAAAGUUGUACAACACUCGAAAAGUAUAUUUUUCACGACAGAAAAAGCAAACUGAAGUAUGAUGGCAAGAAUGACUACAAUUCAGUUGAAACACGUUCGCCCAGCCUCGUCUUGUCCUGCAGUGGGGAGGAAGAAGGUGAAAACAGACCUGUGGGGCGAUCGUGCAGUGACCAAAUCAAAAGACCUUUUGAUUGCAGCAGCAGUAAACCAGCCCCGGGGGGCCACCAACUUGUCCCAGAGCGCAGUGGCGAGGCAUGCGACGGCACUCGGGCAACUUGGGGCGGAACGUCUACGGGCGACCAGAGCUAUUCUGUCACCAACGUUUGCUCGGAAGCAGAAGUACUUGCUGCCCGCGACGGGGUGGGUGGCUCCUUCAUCUGUGAUUUCUGCGGGGAAACUUUUAAAAAGAAAUAUAUUCUCAUGUCUCAUAUUGGAGUGCAUAUAGGUAUGGCUAAUGAGUGCAUAUUUUGUGGGAAGACUGUGAGAAAUAGGAUACAAAAAAUGGCUCAUUUAAGAAACCAUACUCAUGAGUGGCAGUAUAAAUGUGGAGUUUGCGGCAAGAGAUUUAAAAAGAUGUCAUAUCUUAACAUGCAUGCUCCGGUGCAUAGUUCUAAGAGGCCUUUUAGCUGUCAACAGUGCAGUAAGUCAUUUAGUAAUAAGAGAAAUUUUAAUUCCCAUGCUUCAGUACAUACUUCAGUGAAGCUGUUUAGUUGUGAUGUGUGUGGCACAGCUUUUAAGACAAAGGCUCUUCUUGCUCGUCAUGCUAGAGUACAUAGCUCAGAGAGACCAUUUAGUUGCGACUUGUGUGGCAAAGCUUUUAAAACUAAAGCACUGCGGAGUGUACAUUCUAUAGUUCAUAGCUCAGAGACACCAUUCAUUUGUAAAGUUUGUGGUAAGGCCUUUAAAACCAAGCUAAGACUGACUUGUCAUGAUGUAAUACAUACCACAUCGAAACCAUUUAGUUGCGAUUUAUGUGAUAAAGCUUUUAAAAGAAAGCAAAGUUUUGACCUUCAUGCCAUGGUUCAUAGCUCGGAGAAACCAUUCACUUGUAAAAUAUGUGGCAAGGGUUUUGGUGUCAAGAGGAAGCUUUCUGUUCAUGCUUUAGUACAUUCCACAGUGAAACCGUUUAGUUGUAAUGUGUGUCUGAAAGCUUUUAAAAGGAAGGGUGAUCUGGUUGGCCAUGCUAUGGUUCAUAGCUCGGAGAAACCAUUUGUUUGUGCGACGUGUGGCAAGGGCUUUCGUGACAAGUACAAGCUUACUGCUCAUGGAAUAGUUCAUUCCACAAUUAGACCAUUUAGUUGCGAUGUGUGCGGUAAGAUUUUCAAAAGAGAGACUGGUUAUAAAAUUCAUGCUGCAAGACAUAGCUCAGAUAGGCAGUUUAGUUGUAGACUGUGCAACAAGUCAUUCAAAACUGAAACAAUUCUUAGUGUUCAUGUGAAAGACAUACAUCGGUAGAAAGUGAAGUGUGAGAAUGAUGGGCUAAUAUUUUUUUGUAGCAAGUUGUUCAACUGCUUAUAGUGACCUUGACGGUAGUUGUUAAAUAUGUGUACUGUGGCCUAUGUUAUUUUUAUUGAACAUUUUUUAAUUUAUUAAUAAUGUGAAAUGAAGUAGUUUUUAGUUUACAAGAAAAUUUACUUUCAUAUGCAUAUAUAUUGAGUAUAUAAUCUUAAAAGGAACAGUUUAUCUGCUUGCAUUUUGAGCAAUAUUAGGACAGUAUAAGAAAUUUUUACUCCAUAGUUAGUAGGUACCUACAUCAUGAAAUUUUAUAAGAAUUAAAUUCUAAUUAAAGCUAUUACGUAUUAAAAUUAUUGUAUUACAUUCAAAAGUACGUAUUAUACAGUAACUAAUUACUCUGAAUUUAUGUUUUACUGUUUAGUUGCAUUUUUUGUUCGACACCGAUAGAAUGAACUAAUUAAAAAGCAUUUUUUUUUAAUAAGCUUAAAAUAUUUUAAUAUCUUUGAUGCCAUAUUUGUUCCAACACAAUUUUCCUGGCUAAUAAUUUAUGGGCAUAUUUUAAAUGGUGAUUAUAUCUAGUUAUGACUAUUCAAGUUUAAAAAAUGUAUUCCAGGAUAGUUUCAUUACCAUAAUGUUUAAUCUGGCACACCAAUAAGUUUAAUAGUUUGCAAAGGUUAAUAUUUACAGUGCAUGUUGCCACACACAGGUCUGCUAUCUUGACAACUUUGGCUUGUGGGUAUAGCAGUUUCUGUUUGCAUGCAUAUUGACUUUCAACCUGUUAAAUUUCAGUUGUGUAAUGCAAGCUCAUUUUAUUGCAUUUUUGGUGGCUAUUAAAAUUCAACCCUCAUUGAGCCUAAAAAAGCGUAACUUCAAUUUUUUUUUUAAUAGGUUGAAUGGUUAUUGGCUUCCGGCCACAACCAGCACUAGAUUCCUUUUCUUAGUCAAAGCCUUUUUUUUAUUAUCAUAUCAUCCACCAAAUAUUCGUAAAUAGAAUAACACCCAUGCCUUAUCCGGGACUCAUUCAAACUCAGAACACCUUGCACCGUAAGCCGGUGUGUAUUCGACUACGCUAUGGAGGUCGGCAGUGUAACUUGAAAAAUGCAACGAAUGAUGAUUAUGGUCAAGGGGAAAACGUUACAAGUUCAGCGUCGAGGCAUUUACAUGUGACGCUUACAGUAAUGUUGUUCGGCUAGCUCUGGAAAUCAACAGUACCUACCAUAUUGUUAAACAGAAUUAUAGUUAGGUUUUAUAAAUGUCAAAAAGUUUUACAGUUUUCUCUGAAAUGAGUUUAUUUGUAUAUUUAUCACGCUGAGCAUUAUUUUAAAGAAUUCUAUGUUCCAUUUCAUGUCCCAAUUUUGUAAUAUAAGUUUAUUUGCUACAUGAGAACACAUUUUGCUUGUUACCGAGUUAGAUAUUUCCACAUUACUUGCUAGUACUAAAAUACUUGGUCACAAUUUUUUUUAAAAAUAAAUGAUAUAGGUAUGUAAAGUAAUUUAUCUGGAAAAUGAGAAUGAUGUAAUUAAUAUUUUAUGUUUAAAGAUCACAGUAAAUUCAUUUUACUGUGCAAUUUGUAUUAAUGUGAUUUAAAUAUACAAAUCUUUUUUAAACUUAAGAAAUAAAUAAAAAAAUUUAAAAAA